CUAGUAAACAGCCGGGCCGCGGGGCCGCGGGAGCCGAUGUCCGGCCGCGGCGCGUUCCCGCUCAGCCCCCUGACCCCCGCCCCCGGGGCCGCGCCGCCCCCUUCCGCCCCGGGGCCCGGCCUCAUGCGGGGCGCCAGCCCGGCCGGAGCGGGGGCCGCCGGAUACCGGCCCAUGGGGCCCGCCGUCGUCCAGUACCAGCGUCCUGGGAUGCCGCCGGGGAGCCGGAUGCCCAUGGCAGGAUUGCAGGUGGGAUCCCCGUCAGGACCCCCCUAUGGAGCCGCCUCUCCGAUGCGACCAGGAAUGCCACAGUCGAUCAUGGAUCCCUUUCGAAAGCGCCUGCUGGCUCCGCAGGCGCAGCCCCCCCUGGCAAGCCAAAGGCGAGGGCUGAAAAGAAGGAAGAUGGCGGACAAGGUCCUACCACAGAGAAUCCGGGAGCUGGUCCCAGAGUCUCAGGCCUACAUGGACCUUCUCGCCUUUGAGCGCAAGCUGGAUCAAACCAUUGCGCGGAAGAGAAUGGAAAUCCAGGAGGCCAUCAAGAAACCCCUCACGCAAAAGCGGAAGCUGCGGAUUUACAUCUCCAACACCUUCACCCCGGGCAAGGAGGAGGGGGACGGCAGCGAGCGCGUGGCCUCGUGGGAGCUGCGCGUGGAAGGCAAGCUCCUGGAGGAUCCGAGUAAGCAGAAGAGGAAGUUCUCCUCCUUUUUCAAGAGCCUCGUCAUCGAACUGGACAAGGAGCUGUAUGGACCAGACAACCAUCUGGUGGAGUGGCACAGGAUGCCCACGACCCAGGAGACCGACGGCUUCCAGGUCAAGCGCCCCGGCGACGUCAAUGUGAAAUGCACCCUACUGCUCAUGCUGGAUCACCAGCCUCCGCAGUAUAAACUGGACCCUCGCCUGGCUCGCCUGCUGGGCGUCCACACCCAGACCCGGGCCAGCAUCAUGCAGGCACUGUGGCUCUACAUCAAACACAACAAGCUGCAGGACAGUCACGAGAAGGAAUACAUCAACUGCAACCGCUACUUCCGCCAGAUCUUUAGCUGCAUUCGCAUGCGAUUCUCCGAGAUCCCCAUGAAGCUGGCAGGCCUGCUGCAGCAUCCGGAUCCCAUCAUCAUCAACCACAUGAUCAGCGUGGAUCCCAACGACCAGAAGAAGACAGCCUGCUACGACAUUGAUGUCGAGGUGGAUGACCCCCUGAAAGCUCAGAUGAGCAACUUCCUGGCCUCCACCACCAACCAGCAGGAAAUCGCCUCCCUGGAUACCAAGAUCCACGAGACCAUUGAGUCCAUCAACCAGCUGAAGACACAGCGAGAUUUCAUGCUGAGCUUCAGCAACAACCCGCAGGACUUCAUUCAGGAAUGGAUCAAAUCCCAGAGGAGGGACCUCAAGAUCAUAACAGACGUGAUUGGGAACCCCGAGGAGGAGAGACGAGCAGACUUCUACCAUCAGCCUUGGGCGCAGGAGGCUGCGGGGAGGCACAUCUUUGCCAAGGUUCAGCAGCGCAGACAGGAACUGGAACAAGUGCUUGGGAUUCGCCUCACCUAAUGGUCUGGGCACGGCUCGGGGGCUCGGCGCUCUCCUUGAGUGCCUGAGCCUGACGGUACAUCUGACUGGAACGAAAUACAGCACUUGCACAAAGCUCUGAGCCUCUAGUGUCCCCAGGGGCUCCCAGCCCCGCGGCUUCUCUGAGUUGGUGUUCUCGCCAAAGGCACGGGGUGCAGCCUCUGCCUUUUCCCUGCCACUCUUCAUUCCAGCCCCUUUACUGCAUUACUGGCCUAACUUGCUGCCUUCGCGCCUCUCCCCGUAGUGUUCAUUGCAGGCUCGGUGCCCCUUCCCUGGGAACCAGAGCUUUCCCCUCCUCCCCUGCCUGCCUGGGCCAGAGCCUUGCUGGAGUCGCUGACCAGAGGGUACGAGCUCUCCCUAGCUAAAGCCAAGGGGUCUCCUAGGCACUUCUCCAUACUGAGCGAUGCGGCCAGACCGUCACAACAGCUCUCGGGCUCCUGAGCUUCAGCCCUGGGAGGCCAAGGGCUUCGCCUGCUUCCCCCUGAGCCCGUGCCAGCCUCUCCCCUGCACGCAGUGGGCAGGCAGCAGCUGGCACUUUUGAAACCAAAGCUUUGUCCAUUCCAAAGGCCGGCCGAGCUGGCGUUGUGUUUUGCACUAUGUUUGUGAGCAGGGUUUAUAAAACGAAGCCUUUUGUACAGUGGGUUUGUAUUUGAUUAAUAGACGAGGUUUCCCCCAGUCCUGCGCUCACGCCUAAACCUAUGCAAUGGGUUCACUUAGUCUGAGUCUCUGACAAUCAGCUGAAUGUUCCAGCCUCCCUCUUCUCACAUCCAGCGCAUGGGGGGCUGCUGGGGCAGGGGCCGGAAGAGGCGGCUCUGCCAACUGCCUGCAGACUCCAUUACUCAGGGCAGUGCACAUAGGACUAGACCAAGGGGAGAAGCCAGUGUCUCUGUUCCAACAAAGGUGACACCGUGAGCUGGGCUCUCCCAUGUGCCUUAGCCCCAGCCCUGCCCCUUAUGCUGCCCUGGCAGGAGGGAACAGGGGCAGUCUCCUGGGGGGCAGGGCAGCCCUGCAUGUUAGAAUUAGGCAGGCAGGGGCUGGCAGUGAGGCUUGGGCCGCUUGCUCUUGUAACCAUUUUGUCUGGGUUGGAUAUUUUCUAAUAAAAACAUUUUAGCAGCA